AAGAUACAUCCAAAGCCGUAAACAUAUCACAAAAAAAAAAUUGUACUGAAUUUUAAGGUUACAAAAUUGUUUAUAAAUUCACAUUUUCAUUUUAACCUAAGAAUUUUCUAUAUACGAUGGCCAAGCAUCAUCCAGAUCUUAUCUUUUGCAGAAAACAGCCAGGCGUAGCUAUUGGUCGUCUGUGCGAGAAAUGCGAUGGUAAAUGUGUUAUUUGUGAUUCAUACGUGCGGCCAUGUACCUUAGUGCGAAUAUGUGAUGAAUGCAACUAUGGCUCCUACCAAGGAAGAUGUGUCAUCUGCGGCGGUCCCGGAGUCUCCGAUGCUUAUUAUUGCAAGGAAUGUACCAUUCAGGAAAAAGACAGGGAUGGUUGUCCAAAGAUUGUGAACUUAGGAAGUUCAAAGACUGAUCUGUUCUAUGAACGGAAGAAAUAUGGCUUUAGAAGACAUUAGCAGUAGUGUUACAUUUUUAGUUAUUAAAUUUGUAUUUUUACUUAUAAGGCAUCUUUUGUACUGAUUAUUAUUGAGUGCCAGUUUUGAAAGGAUUAAAACUAAGAUUUCUCUGUUUCAUAGGAGUGAUUUAUGUCUAUUGUUAACAUAUCUUUGGGAAUUCAGAGCUAAUUUUAGUACGUAUUUUUCAUUUGAUAAUUACUGUCUCGGUGAUUUCAUGAUGGACUGCUAUCCUUGAAAACGGCAAUAGUUGCCUGUGAAUAUAUAAAAUAAUGUUCUUAUAAUAUUUUGAGUCUCAAGGCAUACAUAAUAUCACUCUUUUUGAGGUCUAUGGUACACCCAAAAAAUUUUACUAGAAAUAUUACAAUGCAAACCCAUUUGAAGAUGGAGCUUCUUAAUUAGAUAGUAUCUUGUGUAUAUGUAAGAAGACUUUUAAAUGAAUUUUGCACCAAUUUUAAUGAUUACUUUUGUAAAUGUACUAUCAUGGUUAAGAGGUUAACAAACAAAACCUUAAAUCAAUCUUAAAAAUAAUGCAGACAUUGUAAAUGAACUAAGUAAUUGAAGUUUAAGAACACCUAGAUCUGAGGCAAUUUGAGACUUUGGUGUUAUCAGACUUCAAUCGUAUAAAAUUAGGUUAUUAACCUACUUCAUAGAUAACUAGGAGUCGUAGAUAUAACGUAGUUACCAGUACGUGACCGGUAUAUAUUUAAUGACCGAGAUAAAACGUACCUAUAUCCUUCUAAGUCUUUCAUAGUACGUGCAUUCCGAAUUUUAUGGUGAUGGGUUAAGGCGUUAAGGCGUUAUAAGGUAACAAACAAAUUCACUUUCACGUUUAUAAUAUUAGUAAGGAUAGAAUUAUAAAUCUACUUAGUCUAUUCUUAUAUAUUCAUCCUGUAUGAACUCCAAUCCUUCUUCCAAAUAUUCUUUCUUUUCCAUUUAAUUCCGUAUAUAUUUCUAACCUUUGCCAUUGGCUGAAUACAAAGGCAAAGCCAAUAAAAAAUAUAUAAUAAUCAGUAAAUCAAAACAAAUCAAAAUUUCUUUGAUUCUUCUUUCUAUAACUAUACAUGAUUUUGACAUUAAAAUGUAAAAUUCGAUUCUA